AUGUUUACAAACGACAUGGCUGAAAAACACCUGCGAGAAAUGGAAAUGGUCGAUGUGGAAGCCUCUACUCUUGAUGCUCUCGUAAAUUUCUGCUACUCUGGAAAGAUCACGAUCACCGAGGAUAAUUCACUGAGUAUUCUGGCCGCAGCAUGCUAUUUUCAGUUGGACGAAAUUCAGGUUCGUAAGACCGUAAAACUGAUUCGCUGA